CCAAACAGUCAGUGAGCCAGUGAACCAGUGAAGGCAGUAGCGCGCAGCAAUUUAGUUUGCAUUUGUUUUCUUUGUUCAAAACAAUACAAAAUUAAUUUAGUGCGCAAUAGAAAUUAUAUACAAUUUUUACAAUUUCAUUUUUACAAUUGUCGAUGAAAAUUACGUCACAUACAAUCACAAGCAUUGCCGUUGCUUGAAGAAAUGAAAAGCGAAUAAAUCAAAAAUAUGUGAAUAAACAGAACGCUACAAAAGCAAAACGAUUUGAAAGAAGUGAAAUAAUAUAAACGCCAUAAAAUCUGAAAUACAUACACAAAAGGCAAAAGGGAUUUUCGAGUGCAAUUUUGGAAACAAAGCGUAACGCGAAAAACGAACGAGACAAAGUUAUAAAACACCAGCAAAAGCCAGCAAUUGGCUUCGCCUUGCAGCGAGUGCCUACGAAUGCAUUUUGCUCAUAUGUGCCAAAACUCAAGUGUCCACGACGAUUCAUCGUACAUAGUGGUCGGUGUUGGUAACGAUAUCGUCGUCGCUGUCGGAGCGAGUGCAUGCAGGCGCGGAAGCUUUCGGAGGUGGUGUCGGAGUCAGAGCAGCAGCAGCAGCCACAGCCGCUGGAACAGGAAGAGCAGUGCUUGCACUGUUAGUCGCAGUCGUAGCCACCACAUUAGAGGUAGCUGUAGGAGCUUUUAUACUCAUUAUAACGUUAGUCGUAGGAGCCUUUGUUUUGCGGAUACGGGUGCGCGUAAACGUCAUCAAUAUGCCAUCACUACUGGAAGCAUUGGAACGAAAAUAUUUCACCGAUUGUCAAUUAGAGAAUCUAAACGACGACGAUGCAGCUGCUGAAACAGAAAAGAGCCUCAUAUCCAUUUAUAUACCACGUCUGCCACCGCUGGUCAGCGUGCCCGAAUUGCUGGUAUUGAACGACUGUGACAUUGACUGUGCGGGUGAUUUCGAAGCCAUAAAAGAGAAAUGUCGCCGCGUGCGCGAGCUAGAUCUGGCACAGAAUAAGCUGAAUGAUUGGCAAGAGGUCUUCCACAUACUCGAGCAUAUGCCGCGUGUGGAGUUUCUCAAUUUGAGUAAAAACCAUCUGGUCGGCCCAAUAUGCAAUCCAACCACCCUACCCACCAACAGUUUAAGGAGCAUGGUGUUGAACGGCACAUACCUGGAUUGGCCAUGUGUUGAGGUGUUGUUGGACAAUUUGCCAUUGUUAGAGGAAUUACAUCUCAGUUUGAAUGACUACAAAGAGGUGCUUAUCGAUUCAAUCGAGUGUGCGAGUGCUGGUGAUGAGCGCGAGGAUGAUGUUGUCGUCAAAGCGGCGCAUGCUGUCGUUGACGACGAGGUAACCGAGUGCAACGAGCGUAACGACAACAACAAACAAAGUGACUCACACAAAUUAACCCUCACAACAAUAACGACAGCUGAAGCAACAGCAGCGGCUACAACAGAAACAGAAACACCCGCAACCCCACCACCAACACCAACUUCCCCCACGGGCAGCUACACCGAACCACGCUGUAAGCGCAUACAACCACAUCGAAAACUGAAAACACUACAUUUCACCGGCAAUCCCGUCGAAAGUUGGCUCGAAAUUUGCCGUUUGGGACGCGUAUUUCCCAGCCUCGAGAAUUUAGUGCUCGCUGACUGCCCCAUCAAAGCCAUACAAGCUGAUGCGGGCACCGGUGCUGGCGCGCCAACGACAGCGGGCGCGUGUGCCACCAAUAACAAUGACUGCACGCCCGUCUGCGAAGAAGACGUCGAAAUGUCCAAUAAAACGGAAUGUCCGCAUAAGCAUUUCCACAAUCUACAAUUUCUCAAUCUCAGCUACUCGAACAUAAGCGCUUGGGAUGACAUCGAUCAGAUUGCGAAAUUUCCGAAAUUGCACAAUUUGCGUGUUAAAAACUGGCCGCUGUGGGAGCGUCUGGAGUGCACCGAACACGAACGUCGUCAGCUGUUAAUUGCGCGUUUGCCGAAUGUCAGCCUACUCAACGGCGGUGGCGUGAUCAGCGCCGACGAACGCGAAGAUGCCGAACGCGCUUUCAUACGUCACUACAUGGACAAGCCCGAAUGGGAGCGUCCGAAGCGCUACGACGAAUUGGUAGCGAAACAUGGCAAACUGGAUCCGUUAGUUAACAUAAAUCUUAAGCCUGAGAAACGCCUAAAAGUAUUCAUUACCUAUAAGGAUAAGACGGAAACGCGCCUGCUCGACGUCUACUGCACUGUGAGCGAUCUGAAGACGAGGUUGGAGAAACUGAUCGAUUUGCCAGCAAAUAAAAUGCGUUUGUAUUAUGUCGAUCAAGAUUUCAAGGAGUUCGGACCGGAAUUAAUGAAAUACCCCAACAAGCGGCUGUACAGUUAUAAUAUACAAGCGGGCGAUGAAAUCAUUAUCGACGAGAAGAAAUAAGCGCAGUCGGCAUACCUAUUCUAAAUACAUACAUACAGACACACAUACACAUGCAAACAUAAAUACACUUAACGACUUUAUUGCAGCUGAAUAUGAUGCGAUGCUUUUAAUUAUAUAGGACAAUGUAAAUAUUUUGUAAAGUUAAUAUACGAGUAUGUAGUUUUAAAGGUACCUUGUAUUUGAAAGGAAUGGUAGCAACAAAAAAAAACAAAAACAAAGCGCUAUUUACGAAACAAACUGCUGUGGUACACAAGCGUGCUAUAUGAAUUAAUAUACGCGUACACACAUACUUACAUACAUACGUGUCGGUGUGUAUGUACGCGUGCGUAUGUAAUAUACAAAUAAUAAUAAAAUAAUGGAAAUAUUAAACUAA